UGGCAUUCGACAACAAAAAUCUGUUUUGUUGAAAAAUACUUCACCGUAGGUUGUCUAAAAUGUAUGUAACAGGAAGAACCAUUAAAUUUUGAUAGAAAUUUCCUCUUUUCGCUGCCAUCAUUUUGCUGGAGAAAGAGUUUGACUCUUCGCGAAUUUUGACAUUAUUGAAAGGAAGCAGCAUCUCGAACGCUCCUCUUGACAACAAUAAACAAUAUGGCGGCGAUGGUUCGACUUCAACGUCAGGUGAAUAAUAUCGUUGAAGAAACCUAUGCCAGGAAAAAUGAAGCCGAAGAAAGAAGGAACCAGGAGUUUUUAGCAGCAGUUGAAAUUCAGUCAUGGUUCCGUGGUUGUAGAACUAGGGGCUAUCUCAAGUUUUUAAAUCGAUGUGCUACUAGCGUUCAGAGGAGAUGGAGGGGAUUUUUGGGUCGAAGAUUUUACAGAGUUCUUAUUCAGAAUAGCGUGUUUCAGGCUAAACUACGAUUUUAUAACCAGCAAGCUAGUAAGAUUCAGAAAGUUUGGAAGGGGUACUAUGUUAGAAAGUAUGUGUUUAAUUAUUACAGUAGAAAACACUAUCUAGAAUCUCUACAGAUUAAAAAUGAAAUCAUAAGAUCUGAACUAGAAGAAUAUGCAGAACAGCAAUCUCAGAUUCGACAAAAGCAAGCAGACGAGGAAGAAAGACAGGCUCGAGUUUAUGAGGCUCGUAAAAACCAUUAUUUAAUCAGUACUGAGGUCAUACCUGGUGUCUAUAAUUCACCGUUCUUACCGUUUCCCUCAGCCAAUGAGUAUGUGUUACGUAACGUGAAACCUCUAGAUAGAAAGAAAAAACUAACGAAGAAAUCAGAUCCAGGAUGGAAGAGUUGUGAAUUCCCGAGACCUGAGAAACUUCCUCCUUUAGUUAAUAAACCACAGGGACCAUUCCGAGAACCUGCAGAUGUUCAGUCUCAACGAUAUAAAAAUUUCCAACCUUCAUUACGAGUUGCUACCGAUUUCUUCUCUCUAGAGGAGGCCAGAAAAACCAUGAAAGCUGAAGAAUGGGUGACCAGAAUUAAUGAUGAUCUAUUUUUACCAGUCGGUAAGAAAGAGGCUAGAUAUCAGCCGUUACUAUACACUACUUCUAAAUAUGGUCAUCUUCCGUAUGGUACCAAAUAUUUCCGUGAAGUACACAUUGAUAGACAUAUCACACCACAGCCAUUUAAAACGCUGGUUCCACCAAUUCCUGUCUUUGAUAAAUUAAACAACACAUAUUCUCAAGGUCAAGUCUGAAGGUCAAAUGUGAAGGGCAAGUGAAAAAAGUUUCCAGAAAAUCAGUCCCUUGUUUUGACAAUUUGAAGCCUAAAUACUCUUCAAGACUUUAUGACUUCACCAAAACAUAUUAGCAGUCUUUUGUAGAUAAUUUACUUUUAAUGAUCGUGGUUCGUGGUUCCUAAUGUUUCUCGAUUUGCGGAAAGUGCAGAAAUAGUACAUCUAUUAAUAAGAUGGAUUGUUAGUUUCUUUUUGUAAAAAUGAGAUCAAAAUUCUGACGUUUUCUUGUCUUGCUCUCUUUAUCCUAAAAUCUGUUGAAUUGUAAAUGUUAUAAUUAUUGUAAAAUAAUCUAUUUAUUAUAUUAUUAUCAUGAUUUUAAAUUCUGUAUAAACCAUAUAUAAUAUGUAAGACCUGAAUCAAAUCUAAACUAAGUAAUGUGAAGAAACAGUGUUUUUUCAAGCGAAAAGAAUAAAUUGCCCAAUCGAAUUUUAAAUAUGGCUGAUUCCUGAGAAUAUUUAAAUAUGUAAGAUAUUGAAGAUAUUUUUAUUGUUAAUUAUAUAUAUAAUCCUUUUCUGUGAUAUUAUUUGUAACCUUUGAACUGUGAUUUAGAAUAGACCAAAUAAUAAACUUUUUCUGUCAUAUACUGUAAA